AUGACUGGGGGAAACCACUCGGGUGUGACAGAGUUUGUCCUCUUGGGCUUCACCCACCUGCAGGAGCUGCUUUUCAUGAUUUUCUUACUCAUCUACAUCACCACGCUGGUGGGGAACCUGGGAAUGAUCAUCCUCAUCAGGACCGACCCGCAGCUUCACACCUCUAUGUACUUCUUCCUCAGCCACCUCUCCUUCCUGGACAUCUGCUAUUCUUCAUCCGUAACUCCAAAGCUCCUGUUGGGCCUCCUCACCGGUAGGAACGUCAUUUCUCUCAACGGCUGCAUCACACAGUUUUUCUUCUAUGCAGUCUUCAUCACCACGGAAGCCAUCUUUCUGGCCAUCAUGGCAUAUGACCGCUACGUGGCCAUCCGUCAGCCUCUGCACUAUGUGGUUGUCAUGUCCCACAGGGUCCGCGUCCGGCUGGUGGUGGGCUCCUACACUGCCGGUGGCCUGAACGCCUUGGUGCACACCGCUGGUCUCCUCCGACUGUCCUUCUGCGGCCCAAAUAUUGUCAAUCACUUCUACUGUGAAAUCCCACCACUCCUGCUGCUCUCAUGUUCUGAAACCUGGCUCAACGAGGUGGUGAUGGUCUUGUGUGCCGCCUUCAUUGUCACCACCACAGCCCUGGCCAUCCUCACCUCCUACACCUUCAUCCUGCUCGCCGUCUGGAGCACCCGCUCUGUGGAGGGCAGGCGCAAGGCUUGCUCCACCUGCACUUCCCAUCUGAUGGCCGUUGCCCUCUUCUAUGGCUCUGCAGCUUUCCUGUACCUCCACCCCCUCUCCAGUCAUGCAGAAGAGGAAAGGAAAACAGCCUCGGUUUUCUAUACCAUGGUGAUUCCCAUGCUCAACCCUUUCAUCUACAGCCUGAGGAAUGUGAAGGUGAAGAUUGCCCUCAGAAGAGCUGCAAGGAAGUUCCUCUCCUGCAUGUAUCACCACCGGUCUCCCCCCAGCAAAACUCAAACAGCUGUCACCUGACGGAGCUGAGGCAGCAGAAGAAAUAAGUCAGACACCUGAUGUAA